AUGGCGGCGCGGGUGGUUCCGCCUCACGCCCUCCCCAAGAUGGCGGCGAGGGUGGUUCCGCCUCACGCCCUCCCCAAGAUGGCGGCGCGGGCGUUUCCGCCGCACGCCCUGCCCAAGAUGGCGGCGCGGCAGUGCUUCCGGCGCGCUUCCCGGCGCCGUCAGUACCGAGCCCGGCCUGGGGGGGACCUGCCCGGCCCCGGGGCCGUGGUCGGGUCCCCUCCCCGGUUCCAGCCCUCUCCCCUCUCGCCCGCAGAGAGCAUCCACAAGCUGAAGGAGAAAGCCAAGAAGCGGAAGGGCCGAGGCUUCGGCUCAGAGGAGGGCUCGCGGGCCCGCGUGCGCGAGGACUACGACAGCGUGGAGCAGGACGGGGAUGAGCCGGGCCCGCAGAGGUCGGUGGAGGGCUGGAUUCUCUUCGUCACGGGGGUUCACGAGGAAGCGACGGAAGAAGACAUCCACGACAAGUUCGCGGAGUACGGCGAGAUAAAAAACAUCCACCUGAACCUCGACAGACGGACGGGCUACCUGAAGGGAUAUACUCUGGUGGAGUACGAAACCUAUAAAGAGGCGCAGGCGGCCAUGGAGGGGCUGAACGGCCAGGAGCUGAUGGGGCAGCCCAUCAGCGUGGACUGGUGCUUCGUGAGAGGGCCCCCGAAAGGAAAGAGAAGGUGAGGAACGCGCCGCGGGCGAGGCAUCGGCGUGCCGG